AUGAUCCCUCGAUCGUUUCUCCGGGCACGAACGGUGUUGGUAGCCUUGACACUGGCUGCAUUUCUUACCUGGGCAAUAUUGAGACAAUUCAAAGCCUACAUCCCCAAUCUCUCGUCGCCGACCACAGCCGCAGACCUAACAACCUCACAUCGCGAAUUCUGGCGGGAAUUCCACGCUCUGCUAGAAAAUUACGCGCCGGGCACAGAUACUAUUAUUGAAUAUGAGAAGGCUUCCACAGAAGGCUUCAAUGCCCACAAUCCACCACCGCGCCCAGAUAUCCUCUACGUUCCGGAGGGAGACGUCGCAACCAUGAAAGAAGCACACACCGGGUUUGUCAAUGCAAUCACCGACUCCCAACCCGAGCUCCCAUAUCUCCCGGACACAAAAGGCAUAGUCUCAACAGCAGGGGGGUCCUACCUCCCAGUGCUAGUGAUAUCCCUCCGCAUGCUCCGCCGAACCGGCUCCACCCUCCCAAUGGAAGUCUUUCUCGCCGACGAAGAAGAAUACGAACAGCACAUAUGCGAUAUAGUCCUACCAUCCUUGAACGCGCGAUGCGUAGUUCUAUCCCAAAUCCUCAUCGCUGCCCCAACCCAAAUCCAAAAAUACCAAUUCAAGCCCUUCGCAAUGCUCUUCUCGUCCUUCGAAGAAAUCCUCUUCCUCGAUGCAGACGCCUUCCCCCUCGAGCAGCCAGAACAUCUCUUCACCACCGAGCCCUUCCUCUCGAAAGGAAUGGUCACCUGGCCCGAUUUCUGGGCCUCAUCCGUCUCCCCAAUGUUCUACGAUAUCGCAAACUACCCACCCCCGCCAAUGGACCUGCGCCAGUCAACAGAAUCAGGCGAAGUCCUCCUCUCCAAAAAGUCACAUCUCCGCUCCCUCCUCCUAGUAACUUACUACAACUACUACGGCCCCUCGCACUACUACCCGCUCCUCUCACAAGGCGCCGCCGGCGAAGGCGACAAGGAGACCUUCGUCGCAGCCGCAACUGCCAUGCACGAAUCCUUCUACCAAGUCAGCGAGUCUAUCUGCGCCCUUGGCCACGAAACGUACGGUGGUAUAGCUGGCUCCGCAAUGGCGCAGUUCGAUCCCGUGCAGGACUUCGCUUUGACGAGUCGUGGGAUAUGGCGUGUCAGAGGCGACGACGCACCCGCACCAGACGUCUUCUUCAUCCAUGCCAAUUUCCCCAAGUUCAAUCCUGCUACCAUAUUCGAGCCCCAUGAGGUUAAUCCUGCGUUUACCGAUGAGGGUGGGUAUACGCGGGCCUGGACGUUGCCGGUGGAAGUUGUACGCGGGUUUAAUAGCAAGGUUGAUGUUGAGAAAGGAUUUUGGGAGGAGAUUCUUUGGACGGCUUGUGAGCUUGAGGACAAGUUUCAGAGUUGGGUUGGGUAUGAGGGGAUUUGUGGCGCAGUGAAGGAGUACCGGGGUGCUGUCUUUGGGGUGGAUUGA